CGCCUAGGGGAGCCACAGAUCUCACUCCACCAGCUCUCCAGCCACCAGCUCUCACACUCCAGACACCGCACGCAGCACCGAUCCUCCGAUCCUCCGAGCUCAGCCCCAUGGCCCGCACCGCCACCGCCGCCUCUGCACCCCGCGCUCCCGGGCUCCUCCGGGCCGCGCUCCUGCUCCUGCUCCUGGUCGCCGCCUGCCGGCAAACUGCAGCCGAGCCUCUUGUCCCCGCAGCGGCGCCCGUGGACCCCGCAGCAGCGCCCGUGGCCAGCGAACUGCGCUGCCUGUGCUUGGAGAACUUGGAUAGAAUUCACCCCAAGUACAUCCAGAGUGUGAAGGUGACCUCCCCUGGACCCUACUGCGACAAAACAGAAGUCAUAGCCUCUCUCAAGAAUGGACAGGAAGUUUGUCUCAACCCCGCAACCCCCCUGGUUAAGAUGAUACUGAAGACGCUGUUAAACAAGGCCAGCACCAACUGACCUACGGAGAAGGAGGAAGCUUUAUUGUGGGGUCCUCAGUGGAAUCGGAGUGAAAGAAGAGACGCAAAGAGCGCCUGAGGCCACCUGUGUUUAAUUUGUUUGACUAUUUCUUACGAGAGUUCUAUUUAUUUACACGUGAAUGUAUUUAUUUUUCAAAGAUCUAUCUAAUAUUUAAAGGCAUGGAAGUGUCUGGUAUUUGCUGUACUGUUAUUUUACAUGGUCAUGUUUAUGUCACAUCAAAGCUGGUUCUGCCUGUUAUUUAAUGGAUGAUGAUGCAUUUUAAAUGUUCUCCACUCAACUAAUAUUUUUAUUUGGCUGGGUGGGUUUUUCCACCCACUAUGAUAAAGGCUGGAGAUAAAUAGUGGGGUUUUCAAGCAAAUAGGUCACAGGGAAAUGUUCCGUGUACAUCUGUUUUUGUACCGUUGAGAAGAAUGUCAGUUGUUAUUUAUUGAAACAGUUUCACAGUAUGUGGUCAACAUUUCUGAUAUUGAAGGAACUAACGUUCUAAAUAUCCCUUGGACAUUUUAUGUCUGCCUAGUAAGGCAUAAUGCCUUGUUCAAUACCAAGUAUGCAUUGUUUCUCUCUAUCUUGGAAUAGAGAAGUUAAAUAUUUAUGGAUGUGUUUUUACAAAUAAGAUAAAAAUAAAGAUUUUUUUACAGAAA